AUGGUAGCGAUUACUACAUUUCAAAACACCACUAAUAAUGAAGUUAUUUCUCAUCCUAAAAAGGAACCAAAACUUGGAAAUUUUAUUUAUUUGCUUUCCGGAAUGGCUGUAAUUGGUGGAUUCCUUUUUGGUUAUGAUACAGGAAUUGUAUCCGCAGCUAUGCUUUAUGUACCACAAAAUAAUUAUCUUAAACCUAUGGGAAAUUUGUGGAAGGAAGUUAUUGUUUCUAUUACACCUGGAAUGGCUGGUAUGAUUAUUUUGCCGACAAUUAUUUUUGCUGUUGGAGCUUUUGUUUGUGCAAUUGGAAUAAGUAAAUGGAUUUUGUUAAUUGGAAGGAUAUUAUUGGGGAUUGCUAUUGGAUUUGCUUCAAUGAUUGUGCCAAUAUAUGUGGGUGAAUGCUCACCAGCACAUAUUAGAGGAAAACUAGUUACUGGAUUUCAAUUAAUGAUUACUUUUGGAUUACUUUCUGCUAACAUUUUUGCGGUUGGAUUUUCUUAUAUUGAUCCAGAGAAUUGGGGAUGGAGAUUAAUGUUUGGUUUUGCCGCAAUUCCCUCAAUUUUGCAAUUUAUUGGUUUCUUUUUCUUACCUGAAAGUCCUCGUUGGCUUUACCAAAAUAAUUUAAAAAGUGAAUCAGAAAAAGUUCUUUCAAAAAUUUAUAAUGGAGAUCAAAAUUGGAUUAAAUAUGAACUAGAUGAAAUUCAUUUUGCUCAUGAACAACAAAUACAGGAUCAACUAAAUUAUGGAGCAAUAAUCCGUUCUGCGGGCGUUAAAGACUACCACGAUACUAUUUGGAUAUCUGUGGGAACAGCUAGUAGUAAUUGUGAUUUUUGCACAACAGAUGAAUUAUGUGGAUUUUGUGAGAAAAAGGGAAAUAAUGGAGGGGGAUUUUGUCUUCCUAAGGAUCAUUUUAAUGCAGAUAUUCGUUCUAUAACAGGGCCUUGUUCCUCAAAAAAUAGCACAAAUGGAUUACAUUUUAUUGGAAAUAUUGAAUAUGAAUGGAACGAAAAUUGUCAUACAGACACAAAAUAUACAAUUUUGCCAAUUCUUUUAAUGGUAAUAUUUUUAUGUUCUUUUGCUAUUGGUUAUGCUCCACUUCCUUGGGUAUUAAAUGCUGAAUUUUAUCCACUUUGGGCUAGAAGUACUUGUGUUUCUUUAACUACUUUUUGUAAUUGGGAAUUUAAUUUAAUCGUUUCUUUAACAUUUUUAACGUUAACACAAGAAGCAACAAAAUAUGGAGCAUUCUUUAUUUAUGCUGGAUUAACGGCUAUUGCUUUUCUACUUUUUUAUAAAGUUGUUCCAGAAACUAAAGGUCUUAACUUGGAUGAGGUUCAAUUAUUAUUUAUGUCUAAAAAAGAACGUCAAAGAGCUGUUUCUACACUUCAACAAAUACCUAUGUCUAAAAUAGAAAAUAAUAAUGGAUUUAAUUAUAAAUAA